AAAUAAACGUGCAGAAUAAUUUAAAUUACUAAAAUGACACUAAAGGAAUAAGUUUUGUAUAACGAAACGUUACCAACAAGAAUUUUCCUUUUGUGUGUAUCGCUCUUGUAAUAAAAAUUAAAUAAUAAACCUUCUAAAUAAGAUAGACUGACAAUAAAAUCAACUGUGCCGUUGUAGACCAAUUGCAUUUAGUUUUAUUACAUUUCGGAUCCUACCCAGAUGCCGACAUAAUCAUGAAGAAAUCAAACAUUUUGUGGCUGAAAACUUUGUUCGUAUUUUGCCUGCCCGCUCUCAGUUUGGGCCAGGAUUACAAUAAGAAAGAAGGAAUUGUAUUCCAUUAUAAUAAUACAUAUAAAUAUAAUGUGGUGUACACAGUAUUUGUUAAUAAGAAUACAGAGUACAUUAUGGAGUUUGCUGGGGACGCAGAGUCCUACGACACUCCUGCGCGAGUGACAGUAGCCAGUGAUUCCGCCAAUGGGACGUAUCCGCUGUUCAUCACAGCUCGACAGCAGAAAGGAGUGUUCUCCUGGCAACUCCCCAUGCUGGUGCAGACGCCGGGCAGCCGCGAGCAGUUCACCAACAUGUCUCGGACGCUGUGUCCGCACAACAACCUGUUUGACGAGACCAUGGAUAGUUGCGACGUCUCCAACCAGAACACUCCGAUCGUCCAUCUCACUUCAUCUUCACCAGUGGAUAUAUCCGUCUCUGUCACGGUGGAGACAGUCAAAGACUUCUACAUCAAGUUGAACAGCGCCGGCGCCGUGCACAGCUCGCCGAGCCAGCCGCAGUACUACUUCUACCCGUUCCAGCAACAACCACACGUGGAUACUAGCCACCAGCGCCUCCAAAGGAAGCAGAUCUGCAAAAUGGACCUCGACGACACAGAGGAAGACCAACUGAACGCCUACCAACUGAAGCAGAGCCUGGACAUAGGCCCCGAAAGGAGCUGGUUCUGGAGGCCUAAGAGUGUCAUAUUGAUGAUAGAGUCCGAUGAUGACAUAUGCGCUUUGGUUUCUAUACAGAACUUUUCGUGUCCCGUGUUUGACAACGAAAGAGAUAUUCUGUACGAUGGCUACUAUUUAACUAUGACCCGGCGAGGCGGUAUCACUUUAACGCAAGACCACUUCCCAGUGGGCUUCUACAUAGUGUUCAUAGUGAAGUCUUCGGACGAGGACUGCUCGGCGAGCCCGCUCGGCUUCAACGGAACUAAAGUCAGCGCAGACUCACGGGUUAAGAACUUUACCUUCAAGAUAGUGGAAACAAUCUCCUACCAAGAGUACCUGAUAGCCGCCUCCGUAGCUCUCUCCGUGUUCAUAUCGUUCUACCUGUGCGCGGUGCUGGCGUGGGUGAUGACCCGGCGUCCCUUUGUGGAAUCACGGCCAGUGGAACCUUCCGUUAAUGUAGUAGAAGGCGAGCUGACCCCCGCGCACGACGUAGAGGAGUCGAACCCGGGCCCGCGGCGGCGGCUGCCCAUGGACGCGUCCGUCGAGAGCACCUCGCGCGCGCACCUCGUGGAUAAUGGCACUGAAUGUUCAUCAUCAUCAGACAGCGAGUCUGAUUACUCAACUCUAGAAGACGCGAACACUGAGAAGGACAUAUACAGGCUGCCCGUCCGGCUGUGCGUCGCCAACCUGGCCAGGAAGCGUCCCCGCGUGCUCUCGGCUCGCAGUCAGAUGUACUUGUGGAAUGUUCUGACUGUGGCCGUCUUCUACACUCUGCCCGUCAUACAACUAGUCAUUACUUACCAGAGGCUUCUCAACCAGUCUGGUAACCAGGAUCUCUGCUACUUCAACUUCCUGUGCGCGCAUCCGCUCCUGGUGCUAUCAGACUUCAACCACGUGUACUCCAACAUAGGCUACAUACUUCUAGGGCUUCUAUUUCUGGCCGUGGUCUGGAUGAGGCAUAGACAACACGAGGCGAUGUCGCUUAGCGAGAAGGAGCUGGGCAUCCCGCAGCACUUCGGUCUGCUGUACGCGAUGGGCGUGGCGCUGGUGAGCGAGGGGCUGCUGUCGGCCGCCUACCACGUGUGCCCCAACUCCAUGAACUUCCAGUUCGACACGUCGUUCAUGUACGUGACGGGCGUGCUCUGCAUGGUGAAGGUGUACCAGAGCCGCCACCCCGACGUGAAUGCGCGCGCGCACGCCACUUUCGGGGUAUUGGCGCUGAUUAUAUUCAUAGGUCUAGUCGGGGUGUUAAACGCGAACCUGUACUUCUGGGUGGCGUUCACAGUGCUGCAUCUGACCACGUGCCUCGUGAUGACCUUCCAGAUCUACUACAUGGGGCGGUUUAAACUGGAUGGCCUUGUAAUCUACCGCGGCGCCCGUCAGCUGCUGACGCGGCCGCUGUCGUCGCUCACCCCCACGUACCUGGGCCGCUGCGUGCUGCUGCUCAUCGCCAACGCGGCCAACUGCUCGUUAGCUGCUUACGGAGUGGCGAACCACAGCCGCGACUUCGCCUCCCAUCUCCUGCUGGUGCUCAUGAGCAACCUGUUCCUGUACACCCUGUUCUACAUCGUCAUGAAACUGCUGAGCGGGGAGCGGAUACGCUGGUACAGCUGGGUGUUCAUCGCGCUGACCUACUCCACGUGGUUCACGUCCAGCUACUUCUACCUGGACCAGAGCACUAAUUGGGCGCUAACGCCAGCAGAAAGCCGCCGCAGCAACCGGCAGUGUUCUUUACUACAACUGUACGACUCUCACGAUAUCUGGCACUUCCUAUCUUCUAUAGCCAUGUUUUUCUCAUUCAUUAUGUAUUUAACUAUUGACGAUAACUUGUCGGAUAUGCCUCGCAAUGAUAUCAUGGUGUUUUAGGUUUAGUCUCUCGACUGUUAGGUUGCCACUACCGAAAAUUUAGCAAUGGGGAGAAAAACUAAAAGCUAAUUACAGAUGGCGCCACAAGCGACUGUGCCUGAUUCCCCAUUUCUGAUUGGUUGGUUCAGUCGCUAUUUUUUCUUUCCAUUUAUGUGAUUGGUCGGAACCUGAGAGGCACACUCGAUUGUGCUGCCAAAGUUUCACUUGGUUUUCUUCCCCAUUGAAAUUCCGUUAAGCAACGUCGCUGGUUUUGUAAAAUCUAACAUAACUUGUAUGGAUCUGACUGAUGUUUGACAGGAGAGUGAUGCUGGUUAUGGAUUGUUAAUUGCUAAUUUGUCGUGAGUGGUACGGUAGUUGGAGUGUUUUGUGUAGAUGGUCAGGGUUUUAUGCCCGGUUAGGGCAGAUUUAAUUGUAUAUUGUUGUGUCCGAAUGGUUGGAUCUUUAUUUAAAACAGGGCAAAAUAGUUUGUGGAAGCUUGUUUAGUUGUUUGCCUGAAAUAAUAAUAAUAAUAAAUCAUUUAUUGCAGACUGUAAGUCCAUAAUGUUUCAGAGUAUCACUUAUUUUAUUUAUGCAUAAUCAAUUCUUUAUGUUUGCUUUGGGCCUGUUUCACAAUGUGUGGAUAUAAUGCCUACCUGUGGGAUAUAAGACAUGCUGUCACUCUGUGCAAUUAUGUUUUAGACAGUGACAGCAUGUCUUUUAUCCCACAUGUAGCUAUUAUUCAGACAUUGUGAAACAGGCUCUUAGGGUUGUAAAAGGUUCUUAAUAGAUUCGUGAUCAAUAUGAUAUGAUAUGUGGUAAGAAAAUAAAGGUUUCGAAGGCUGUGUAUGUAAGUAAUUAAUGUAACUUAAUGUUUAUAUUAUACAGGGUGUCCCAAAAGUCAACGUUAUCCCUUGGAGGGCUGAUAGACCAGCUCAUAAGUGUCCCGAAUAUCAUAAUAUGACCUCAAUAAAAAUUCGAUAGUUUUAGAGAUAUUGACACAUUGACUUUUGGGACACCCUGUAUAUAACUAUCGUCUCAAUAAUUAAAAUGAAUUGUGUAAAAAAAGCCUAGCUUUAUAUUAAAAUAAUUAAUAAUAUAUUGUACUGUGCAGAUUACUUGUAAGUUUUGUUUAGUUCGUUUUUUUAAAUAAUAAUAUAUACCUACAUAUAAGUUAUUAAUGAUCUUUUCUUAAGCAUCCAAUACCAAAGUGUUUAUUUUAUUUGUAUAUUUUACGAGUAUGUAGAAGAGAAUGUUGCCUUUGAGAUUUUGCAUAAAACAUGUGCUCAAAUUAAGCAAAUAAUGUCAGCAACGGUGCUUUACUGAAUCCAAAAUCAUAGUAUUCCACGAAAAAAUAGAAUAAUCAUUUUUUUUACAUAAUUUUCUUCCAACUUAAUUGCGAAAGUAGGUAUAAUGAAACUAUUGAUCAUAUAUAACAUUUAUUCCAAUGUAAAAAAUGCUCUCUUAAGGUGCUUAUUGGUAGCGGAAAACAUGUCGCAACGUCAUCUCUACUGCUACCCUAGCACGGGGUGCAAGACGCGCACGACAAGACGUGACAAAAGUUCUCCGUCGCCCUCGCUCUCGAAGCCGAGUAAAUGCGAAAAAUUUACAGUUUUUUGCUUUGUUUUUGUAUGUGACACACUAUCUUAUUCGUAUCCGCCAAAUGAGUCCCCAUGUCGUCUGCUACCAAUUUAUACCUUCUUUAUUUACUUUUAAUUGUAUCUAACUUAAUAUAGACAUAGAACUAAAAGUUAGACAUAACUACUCGGCUAAAGCUUUCUUUACGUGCCUUUUAAAUAAUCGUAGAUAGAAUUUGACUGGAAGCCCUUCAGUGUUUUGAAUAUGAGAUACAGGAUGCUGCAAAACUGGAAAUUAAUUAUAUUAUGCUUUUUAUCCUAUUCAUAAAAUAUAUUAUAGUUAUUAUUAGGAAGAAACGGGAUAAUCGCUAAAGGCCUUUGUAAAAUCACGUGCAAUUUCAAAUAAAUACACAAGAAUUUAAACUAGUCCAUGUAAAUAAAAGCUAAUAAAUAUAGACUUUUUUAAGAA